AUGAAAGAAGUGGUAAGAGCCGAGGUGAUAAAGUGGCUUGAUGCGGGCAUUAUUUAUCCAAUUUCAGAUAGUGCAUGGGUGAGCCCCGUUCAAGUGGUGCCAAAGAAAGGAGGUGUCACGGUUGCGGAAAAUGAGGAUAAUGAGCUUAUACCUACUAGACCCGUGACCGGUUGGAGGGUAUGCAUAGAUUACCGCAAGCUUAACAAGGCUACAAGGAAGGGUCACUUUCCUCUUCCUUUUAUUGAUCAAAUGCUUGAGCGGUUAACGGGAUACUCUCAUUAUUGGGCACUUAAUUUGAUGCAAUUAUUGAUUAAAAGAAUGGAAUUCUACUCACAAUUAAGUAUUAUUUGCUUUUUUAUUUUGGAGAUACAACAUAGAGCUCAAGGAGUUAGCAAAGGAUUUGGCAAAGCAUUGGGGAAAAUCAUAGCCAAUCUACAAAAAAAGUUGCUUAUUUCAUGUGUUUCUAUUAUUGUAUUUAUUGCAUUUUCAUUUAUGUGGCCAAUGAAUGAAUGUGUUUCGUGA